UCAGGAGUCACAGAGCUUAUUGGCUUGGUGAAAAAAAUAAUGCUUCAGCUGGACUUUAAAAUAAUGAGGAAGCAGGCAUGUUCCAAGAACACAGACAUGGGGAAAGACAAAGAGGAAACUUGUACUUUCUUUGGAGGAAACAGAAUUGAUAUCAACAACUAUGGAGUGCUGACCCACAUAUAAACUGUAGCUAAACUUUGCAUUUUUACACAGGAAGAGGACUAUGGUGUUAAUCUAAGUUCCUACAGAGCAGAUGGGGGGUAAGGGGAGGUUUCACAAGAAGUUUUAAAAAUUUCCACCCUUCCUCCACUUCUCUAGUUUCAUGCUUACAUGAGUGAAACCACAACAAGCUAGGUUUCUUUCCCAUAUAGCACGUUAUCAUAACUUGAGUCUGCGAAGAGAGACCAAUAAUCAGUACGUUCUGAAUGACAUAAGGAAGACUGUUGGAUCAUUUUGAAAGAAUGAAAGUCACUAAAAGGGAAGAUAAACACUGGACAGGAUUCAAGAUUAUGUGAACUCCGCUCUACAUCCUGGGCAGCUGACCUAACAGAGAAUGAGGAGAAGACGGAAGCAGUCAGUUUGAACCUGAACCAAGACCUAUUCACCGACACCUAUCAUAUCCUGAGUAAUCAAGCUUUGGAAACCAUUAAAGAGGAGAUUGACGAUCAGCUAAAUGGAGAGAAAGAAGGACGCCACUCUGUUUUUUCUUCUUCUUGCCUUGUGUCAUGUCUGCGCCAUCAAAGGGCAGAAUUGUUCCAAUCAUAAAAUUCUUACAGAUCUCUCCUGCUACACUGACUACAAUCGUACCAUCACUUGUGAGUGGAACAGCACACUUGAGUGUGACACUGUGUGCAACAUAACAGCCAAAAAGAUGACUAAGUAUAUAUCGCGGACAGGAAAAUCUAAUGUGAACAUGCCUAUAUCCUCCUACUGCCUGAAGUCUGUUGAUGUCUCAAGACCAGCACUAAAGAAGUGCUUGAUGAUCUUCAAAAAGGAUGAAGCUUUUUCAUUUUCAAAUGACUAUUCCAUUAACCUGACCUGUAACGCUGUGAAGGUUACCAACAUUACAUUCAAGCCAUGUCAUCACAUAAAGCUGGACCCUCCGCAAAAGCCAGAAAUCAACGUUACCACUGUGUCCUGGAUUGUAAAGAAAAGAGAUAAAAUCCUGUCAUACAACUUACAUUUUCAGUGGAAACAUGAGGAUCAGUCAUGGAAGGAGGCUUCUGAACAGAAAACACAAAAUAUUAAAAAGCUGUGUGGAUGGAAGUGCUCAGCCGAGGUUUGGCUGAUAGAAGACAAGAAGUACGAGGUGCGUGUUCGAGUGAAGGCACUUCCAGAAAGCUGCUUUUCAGUUUGGAGUGACUGGAGUCCUUCUGCAGUGGUGUCACCUAUCAGAACACCAAAUCCACCAUCAGAUGGUCCUGGGGUUAUCAUUAGCAUUGUUGCAUGUUUAGUAGUGGCUGCUUUGCUCCUGGCUGUCAUACAUUUGAAACGUAACAAAACCAUCUGGAUUUAUAUGAUAACAAAAAUCAAAGGUCAGCCCAUACCAAACCCAGCAAAAUCCUUCCUAAAAGAUGUUAAUUUCCAACAGAAUCAUCUGAGCCCUCACUUCCCCAACUUCUUUAACCCGCUGAAAAUUACCACUGAAGAGAUCACCUCCUCUGUGGAUGUCUUCGCACCCUGCAGGCCAGAGGUGGCACUUCUACAGAAAAUGAGAAGCAAAAGCAGCAAUGAGUCAUCCAGUUCAAGUUUCUCCAACCCCAGUUAUGCCCAUUUGUGUCCUCCUCCCGCUCCUCCUGCCUCUUUGCUCACCACUGGGAAUCUGGACCCCUGUGCUGCUGAUACCCCUUAUGGGCCAGUUUGUAGCAAAAAUGCAGUCGAAGAUACAGAACAGGAGAGGAGUGAAAUUGGAAGGAAAAAGAGGGAGAUCCUAGAAUUGCUCUCAAAAGGUAGCAAUGAAAGAGAUCUUGCGCCGGUAAUGUCUGACUACGAGAAGAUUGAGAAACUCCAGGUUGAGCGCUCAAGGCUCCAGAGUCUAGAUUCAGGUGUGUGCAGCAGUGAGGAGGUUAGUCAGGAAAGCCUUGAAGCAGAUAGCAUCAAUAUGACUGAAAACUAUGACGGACAGGUCGAGAGGGAGACAGGGAAAGCAAAGGAACACGUUUUUCAGGAGCUGUUUGGAGGGGCUGGAGACAUUUUUGGAAAAGGCUCCAUUCAGGUUUGUUCUGGUUAUGAGCCAGCUCAAAAUCUGAAACUUGACAGCCCUGAGCUCCAAAGCCUGGAUCUGGGUGUUAGGAGCGAGGGCGAUGGGCAGUUUAGUCAGGAAGAGAGCUUAGAGAAUGCUGACAAGCCCACUGAAUCGACAAACCUCCUGUUUCCUCUUUCGUCUAGUACCUUAUCAUGCACAUUCUCAUCCAUCACGCCUCUGCCAUUGAACUUGGCUGGACAAGCUUUGAGUCCUGCCAUGCAACCUUUGCAAUGUAAUAUACUUCAGAGGCUUGCUUUAAUGUCAGCCACCAGGUCUGCAGAGCCCUCUGGUGAUGGAUACAUGCCAGUAAGACAGGAACAGAGCUAAAAAAGGAUGAAGCUUUCUUAUGAAUGUUAUUUAAUUGUAUGAUACCUGAACUGGUGGCGCUGUAACAACAAAACAAGCCUAUUUCAAAAUUCUGAUGUCUUUUGAAAUGAAAUAAAUAACAUCCUCCACAUAAUUUGGCUGAAAUACAUGCAUUUAGUUCUCCUUGCUCCACCCUUUGGCUGUAAUACACUUUGGCUGUAAUGCUUUUUUCUUAUACAGUAUACUUUCUGAAUAGCUACAGUUCAGUAUGGAGUGCGUACUUUUCAGUAUACUGAACUUUCGUGGUCAUUCAGUAUGCAUUUUUUGGGUCCACCUCAGUAUACUGAAAAUUUCAGUAUGGAUACUAACUUCCGGGUUUUAUGCAGUAUGGAUCUUUCCCCCUCUAUUUAAAUAAUUAUUUCCAUAUUUAUUUAUGCCUUUAUUGGUUUAUUUUAUUUUAUAAUACUGUCUUUCAUUCGUACUUUCCUGUAUGUACUGUAUGUUAUUUUACUUUUACUGUUAUUUUGUUUACCUUACAGUAGACGUGCAUUACUCCUCUUGAAUAAAGCUAAACAAAAAAUACGGAUGGAUCCGGCUGGUUCGGGUAACGUAAAUGAUGUCACUUCCAUACUGAAUGAAUCAGAUGAAGUAGGAACAAAUAUCUGCAUACUGUGCGCAACUACUGAACAGUAGGUACCAAAAGUAUACAGCAGAGAUAGUAGCUACUGUCUACUGACUACUGAAAGAUUGUGUAGGCACUUGGCAAUUCGGAUGCACCGGGCCUCUCAACUACCAACUAACAGAUGAUCACCUAUAGGUGGUGCUCAAGGACAUUUUUGCUGCUGGUUGGAGGUGGAAAAAGCUGCAAAAGAGACUGUGGUAGCGAUGGUUGCAACAGCCAUGGUUGUGAUCGUAGCUAAUUAUGCUCACGGCUUUGCCAGCUCUCACACUGCAAAUUCUUCAGGAAUUGCCUAUUCUAGUUUGAUGCUGAAAUCGUUUCUGAAUUAAGCAAAAUGUGUUGCUGUGAAUGUGUGCUCCUUGGUGUGGUGGUGGUGGUCUGUUGUUAUGUAUGGUAUCUAUGGUUUAUUUAUAAGCACUUCAUUGCUAGCAUCAUAUCAUGUGGAAUUGUUCUGUUCUGUUGAAAUAAAAUAAACAUGAUGGGAAAUAUUUCAUCUUCUUUCA